UCGAUCGUUAUAAGUCUCAAUACCCUCCUCAACCGGGGUUUGUCUUGAACUUCGAUGACAAUUAUCUCACAUAGCUUUGUUUCGUGCUCAUUUCGUACUUGCAUUAUACCCUACCUACCAUUCACCUGUACAGAAUAUCUAUAUCCUGCGUAUUAGUUGUACGGUCUUGUUUAGACACUACUUUUUGAGACUUAGACGGCACGGGUUGCCAUUUCACCAGCUACAGCAUCUUUUAAUAACAUGUCUGGACCGACGUCACGGUUGAGAAACCUACUCGGUCAUCUAGGACCGACAGCCCCAAAGUCACCCGUCGGCGUUGACCAUACCUAUCACAUCCACCAGCUGUCCCCAACAUUUUUUCUGGAGAGGGCCGCUGCCAUCGAACCCGACGCUCCCGCUAUAUAUCAUGUCACAGCUAACAACAAAGUCCUGAGGAGGCAUUACAGCGAGUUCGCGGAUCGCGCCAGGGGGUUGGCGUACUACCUUCGAAAACACGGUUAUAAACGUGUCGGCGUACUGGCGACCAACACGCCUGCUUUCUUGGAAUCGAUAUUCGGGAUUGUAGCUGGUGGCGGGGUUAUUGUCCCUGUGAAUUAUCGCUUGAAACCCGAUGAUAUCACCUAUAUUUUUGAUUUUGCCCAAGUAGAUUCCAUCAUCGUGGAUAACGAAUAUCUAUCGUUAUUAGACGGCUUUAAGGAGAGCCAUCCUGAUGUGCCUUUCAUCGUUGAUCUGGAUACCGAUGCGACUGAGGGUGAACUCUGUGGACCAUUCGACGAAGCGGUGCUGGAAGGGUUGAAAUAUGACCAGGCGCAGGGUGGCAAGGGAUGGGCUGGUCUGCACGUCCAGGGCGUUCAUGAAGAUGACAUGAUCGCCAUUCCAUUCACAUCGGGGACGACUUCGAGACCGAAAGGAUGCGUCUACACACAUCGAGGCGCAUAUCUUGCGACGCUAGCUAACGUCAUCGAAUCCGGAUUGAAUCCCGACAAGGGGCGGUGUAAAUAUCUAUGGACACUACCGAUGUUUCAUGCUGUGGGUUGGACGUUCCCGUGGGCAGUAACCGCAGCUCGGGGCACUCAUUAUUGCCUCAGGAGAGUUGACUAUCCGUUAAUAUGGAAGCUUCUAAAGGAAGAAGGGAUCACCAAUUUCAGUGCAGCACCGACGGUGAAUACUUUGCUCUGUACUUUUAAUGAAGCAGCUCGGUUACCACAGCCUGUAAAAGUCACCGUAGCUGCAAGCCCUCCAACGCCACACCUUUUUAAGCAGAUGACUGGUCUAAAUCUGCACCCACUCCACGUGUACGGCAUGACGGAGACUUACGGCCCAAUAACGAAGGGAUACCACCUCCCACAUUGGGACUCCCUGCCAGAGUCAGAGAGGUAUGUUAAGAUGGCUCGCCAGGGACACGGCUUCAUAACCAGUCUUCCGAUUCGCGUCAUCAAGACCGAUCAGCCGGAAGGUGUUCUCGUCGACGUCGCCAAGGACGGUAGGGAGAUUGGCGAAAUCGUUUUUUUCGGUAAUAUUUGCUGCAAGGGUUACUACAAGGACCCCGAAGCUACGAGGAAGCUCUUUGCUGGGGGCGCACUACAUUCUGGUGAUUUGGCUGUCUGGCAUCCAGAUGGAAGCGCGCAGAUUCAAGACCGAGCUAAGGACAUUAUUAUUAGCGGCGGAGAGAAUAUUUCCUCGGUCGCGCUCGAGGCCAUGCUAGUCCAGCAUCCGGAUGUCCUCGAAGCAGGCGUCGUUGCCGUACCAGAUUCGCAUUGGGGCGAGCGACCCAAGGCGUAUCUAACAGUCCAAGAAGGAAAGACGCUAGAGCCUCAAGACAUGAUCACCUGGGCUCGCACUCAAAGCGCGAUCAGCAAGUUUAUGGUCCCGCGGGAAGUUGAGAUAGUCGACGAACUACCUAAGACGAGCACCGGGAAGAUUCAGAAAAACGUCCUGAGGCAGUGGGCAAAGACGGGGAGGAAAUGAUGGCAUGUCGACAAGAGGGUACUUUGAAAGAGAACGAGUGUGGAGUUAUUAGGCAGUCUGUAUAUCAUAACGCAGUUAAACCCAAGAGGCGACCGGCGAGCAUUUCGAAGUCACUCUACUGUAAAGAGAAAUAAACCUAGAUUCAGAUAGUCUGCUAUAAGACGAAGUCAUCUGGGUUAGGUACACAUACACACGAUUGAAAUUCCUCUUAUGCGAGCGAAGACCCCUCUAACAAAGGGAGCCGAACUGAUCUCCGACACGGGAUGAAUUCAUAUUUUUAACGUCGUAGGAUUCAUGCUGGCCCCUCUCGUCUCAGCCAUGAGCGCCUCCGUCCCGCCCAUGGUUGACCAAAAGGGAACUGGAUCGUCCUGCCGAGUCUUGGAUUUCGUACGUGGCAGUUGAGGGUACAAGGUUACUUGCUUUCGUACUUCUCCUGAAAAGCGCACGUUGAAUGACAACGGACUUCUUCAUAUCUGAUAGGUAGGUAUGUUUCCCUGGAUAGAAAAGGGGCCUUUCUUAUCGGGCCAAGAGUUCUUACGUAUGUGGCUAAUGUGGAUUGAAAUCGGUGCCGUCUAGGUAUACCGACGAUACGUUGGAGGCUUCAGAAGUGGGCGAGUUGGAGGUAGUCAUUCGGAAAUUCAAUCGAGCAACAAUUGGUUUCUCCU